UGACUAAGCAAUAAUUAUUCAAGAUAUCAUUAAUAUCACUCUGACUAGUCAGAAUGUUAAUUCAAGACAAAUAGAUGUCUGCUAAAGAUAUCUCUAAUUCAUUUGGAGCCAAAAAUACAAUUUCAUCCAGGUAUCUGUAAGUUAGUUUGCUUCAACAUUUCUGCAAUUUAAUUUGUAUUAGUCAGAUCUGUAUAACAUCUAAAAAGAAAUGUACAAUAACUUUAAUUGGAGGAAUAACUAGUCACAGCAAAAGGUAAGAUAUCUCAAAGUUACUUUAAAUUACUUUACAGAUAGUCAUUUAUUGAACUGAAGCCUCCCUGUAACUUCAUGAUAUAUGAAUAUGGAAAACCUUCACUGACAUUCGGGACAUAAACAGUCCACUAAGACAUUUCUAUUUAGCAACAUUUUUGUUUCACUUUCUUAGAUGUUUAUUUAUUUCCAUUGUAAAUGCUUGUUUUGGUUUAAGACCUUUGUAGACCAAUGAGAUCUCAACAUGUAAUAACAUAAAUUAAACAUAUUAUUAUUUAUACUAGUCGGAAUGUAAUUAGAGAGAUAUCAAAUAUGUAUUUUCUCAGUCAUGAUAUAAUUAGAGGUGUCUCAAUUUGCUAAUAUGUCUAGUCAUUAACCAAAUUAAGAUGUAUUGAGCGUAAGCGUAGUGAAACCAACUUCAUGUUAAAACGGCCUGCCAUACUCUUUGGGCACGUUACCAUCAAGCAUCAUGGCCGCUUUUCUUUCGCAAUCGAAGGUCAGACAAACUUUCACUUCUGAUUGGUUCAAUUUUUAUAGAACCCACCUGCUCUUUCAACCACGUGAUUCCACACUUCUGUUACUGCCUCUCGCGCCUGCCACUCACAGACGCUCCAGCCAAUCAGGAGCUCUGUCCUCUGGGUUUACGUCACAGGCACUCACCGGCAGCUAACGCUAGGAUCCAAGAUGUCCGCGAUGUUCCCCAUGUGUGUGAGAGCCAGCCGGAGCCUUCUGCGGUUCCAGGGCGGGACGUCAGCUGCUUCCAGCCCGCAGCAGGUGCUGGAUAUCAUCCGGACUCUGUCCACGGAGAAGAACCCACCCGGUACCGGCGGUGCGACGGGAGGGCUAGCCCAGGCUAUCCUCCAGGAGAGGCUUCAGCAGAGUCAGGGUCAGCCACCACCAGAGGGCGAUACGAGUCAGAAGGACGGAGAGCAGACGGAGGACAGGAAGCAGAAGGAGAACUCGGCCUACGCCAAGAAGAUGGUGCUGCGGCUGGCGGGGCUCAUGGGCGUGGGUGGGGCCGCCAGCCUCGUCUACAUCUUUGGGACAAAUUCAGAGGACGAGCAAGGAAACAGGAUUCCUGAUGAGUUCGAUAAAGAUCCGCCUGUUGUGCAGCAGCUCAGGAGAACCUACAAGUACUUCAAGGACUACCGACAGAUGAUCAUCGAACCGACGAGUCCGAAGCUGCUUCCCGACCCGCUGAAGGAGCCGUACUACCAGCCGCCGUACACGCUGGUUCUGGAGCUGACCGACGUUCUGCUGCACCCGGAGUGGUCGCUGUCCACCGGGUGGCGCUUCAAGAAGCGGCCCGGCAUCGACUUCCUGUUCCAGCAGCUGGCGCCGCUCUACGAGAUCGUCAUCUUCACGGCCGAGACGGGCAUGACGGCGUACCCUCUGAUCGACAGCAUCGACCCGCAGGGCUUCGUCAUGUACCGCCUCUUCAGGGACGCCACGCGCUACAUGGAGGGGCACCAUGUCAAGGACGUGUCGUGCCUGAACCGGGCCAGCAGUAAGGUGAUCGUGGUGGACUGUAAGCGCGAGGCGUUCCAGCUGCAGCCCUUCAACGGCCUGGCGCUCAGGAAGUGGGACGGAAACUCCGACGACCGGACCCUCUACGACCUCGCCAACUUCCUGAAGGCCAUCGCUCUGAGCGGCGUGGACGACGUGCGUGGCGUUCUGGAGAACUACGCCCUGGAGGACGACCCCAUCGAGGCCUUCAAACGCCGCCAGGCCCAGCUGGCCCAGGAGGAGCAGCAGCGCCUGGCGGACCUCUCCCAGCAGAAGAAGCCGGCUCUCUCUCUGGGCUCCAUCACGACCCGGUUCUGGCGGUCCAAGCAGCAGUGAGGCCCGCAGAACCUCCCACCCACACCGCUCCACCCGGAGGUCGGGUUCUGGAAGCGGAGCGGGGCUCUGGAGGCCCCGGCCCCCUUCCUCUCUGUGUGUCCUGAUUGGACCCAGGUGAGUUUGGACCUGCUGGAGAUCGACGGCUGAACCAGAACCAGAACUGGCUCUGGUUCUCCUCCGCCCUGGACCGGACCUGGUAUCGGCUUCCCCCCCGUCCUGCAGGGGGUGCAGUAACUCUGACAGAAUAAAUCACUGAUGUUCAGACGUGAGCAGCGGUUCUGGUGGACGUUGGACCGGACCGGACUGGGACCCUGCAGGAGCUGCUGCUGCGGUUCUGUUGGCCUCAUAAAGCUCUGAAACAAACAUGUGCUGCGACUUUUCACCAGCAGGAGGAGCAGCUGAGCCCGGCAGGCCCGGUUCUGGGAUGGAACCGGACCUUCAGAACAUCAGACCAA